AUGGCAGGUCGUGUAGAGAGACACUAUCGCAAACUCAGCAUUCCAUCCAGCCAUGGACUUAUCGGAUUCACCUUCAGUCUCUCCAGCAACCAGGACAUCGAGGGUCCCCAGGGCGGCUUCGAGUGCGUCCGUCAAACUGGCCCUAAAAGUCUGGAGAGCCUCGGCGCCAUACCGUGCAAAAUGCGGAUACAGGCAAACGACGACGUUUACGAGACCACCAGGCACAGAAUGGCGGUCGCCGAGGAGAAUAACAAGAACAAAUGUACGAGGGUGAUAAAAGCGAAUGGUCCAGACAUCGGACGCAAGGUGAAAGUGAAAAUACCCGGAAGGACAAUACAACUUCCGUCAUCGUAUGCAAAGCAUCGGGAAUCUACGACGAGCAUUCCAACUUCCGGCAGCAGUCAACCCAGAGCGUCAACCAACAAGCCGGCGACCGCUAGCAAGAGUAGUAGUAAGAGUAAUCAUCUAGCGGCAACUCACAACCCGGACAAAAAAAUUUCCGACAUUAUGCGCAGGCCACUUAAAGAAAGACUUAUCCACUACCUUGCUUUGAGGGAUUACAAGAAACCCGAACUUUACGAUCGUAUCAAGAAAGAGGGCUUAAGGGAGAAAGAACGACCCAUCAUGACGACUAUACUGAAGCAAGUGUCUUACAUGCGCGACAACACGUAUAUCCUGCAUAGGUGGAUCUGGAAUGAUGUGCAGGAGGAUUGGCCUUUUUUUACCGAGCAGGAAAGAACAAUACUGAGGAGGCGGAAACCUCAGAACCUAACGCCACCCGGCUCAAGUGAUGGUUCCAGCGGCAGUGGUCAAUCACCCAAUUCCAUCCACGCGGGUUCGCCACCGGCGAUUACAGCACCUCCGCCCAGCCUGCUGAACAAUAAGAGACCGGGCUACUACCAGGGCAACGAUGGACUACCAACGAAGAAGCCACGAAUAUCGCACUACAAGAGACUCGAACCUAUCUCCUUCAUCCCCGCUGGUGAAAAGAUAUCUAAUAGCAGCAGUUACAAUAAUAACAACAGUGGUGUUAGUGCAACUGUCAGCGGUGCCGUUGGCGGUAAUAGUAGUAGUGGCAGCAAUAGUGCUGGUGGUGGUAGUACUAAUAGUAGCAACGGCGGCUCUCAACUCGACGGUUGUGAGUCGAGGCAGCAACGUGAACGUAGUCGCGCCGAUUAUCGAACCGAAAGGACAGCGAAUAGUGAUGUGCUGCGAGGUGCUGGAAAUGGUUACGGCGGCGCCCUCGCGGUUCCGAGCAGUUCCAGUCGGCCAUCAUACCUAACGUCAUCGCCCAGUGACAGUGAAAGGAAUAGCCAUCAUCAGAGCGGCGGCCAUGGACGCGACGGCAAUGUCGCGGCGAUCGGUGGAAAUGCCGGAAGCAACACGAAUGAUGUAGGAAGCACCAAUAGGAAGGACAGGAGUGAUAGGAGCGAGCGAAGUCGUGACGCGAGGGAAGAGAGAAAUAGGGAAAGAGAGUGCAGAAAUAGGAGUAGCGUCGUGAACGACGCGAGCAACUUGUCGACCUCCCUCGUUCGAAGCGAAGCCUCCAGCAGCAAUGCUCACAUUUGCAAUGAUAAUGCCAGUUCUAUCGAGAUGACGAUUUCACCGCCGACUGAUGCUGAGCUAGAGAGACUGGGGAGCCCCGGGGAAUACCCCGACUAUCUCACGUACUAUACGACAAUAAGCAGCACGAAACAGAAAAGGCGUUAUAAAGAAGAGUUUUAUGCUAACUAUGAUGAAUACCGCGUAUUGCACUCUAAAAUAACCAAAACCGCAGAGCGCUUCAGGUAUUUGCAAAAUCAAUUGGAGAAGCACAAAGCAUCGGGCAGUGUGAGCGAGCAAGAGGCAACGUCGAAACAGAUAGUGCGCGAAUAUAACGAGACUAAGCAGAACCGCGAGUAUCAGCAAUUGAAGAAACGAUUCGAAUACCUGCACGAAAAGCUAAGCCAUAUAAAACAAUUGAUUAUAGACUAUGAAACGACGAUAUCGGCCGCGAACAACGUUGAUAGCAGUAUAGUUAGCACCACGAGUGCAAGCGUAAACGUGGAGGAUCUCGAUAGUCGGCAUUACUGACACAAACUGAAAAGACCGCCUCUUAUCCCCCGCCUCCUCCUCUCGAUUGUCGGUACGUUACUGUCAACAUUGUCGCAGAAUUUGCAUUUUCUCGGCAAAUUCCAAGGCUGAUGCUUCUUCAUGGUCCACAUGGUUCCUGAAUUUUAUCGCCGAAAAGUCAAAUGACUCGAGAUCGCAAGGUCUCUUGUACGAUAUCCAUCAAAUAUCUCGCAAUAUCGAUAAAUUUAUAUAUCGUGAUACACGAGAUACUCUUCCUGCUGAUCCCUCUUCCCUUCCACUCCGUGAGAAUUGACGAUCGUACGCAACGAUUGUCAAUUUGUUGGCUUUCCGCCAUCACGGCAAACCGGGCAAGGCUCGCGCACAAACUUCGACCAAUACUAGUUCUUGGUAUCGUUUGAUGAAGGCUGACGACAAUCGAGUACGUUCAAGAAUUAGACAAAAGAGGAAAAAAUCCAUCCGGAUUAAAAAAAAUAGUAGUAAGGGCAUUCUGAUGACCAGCGAAAUGUGAAUUGUGCGUAUAUACACAUAUAUGUAUGGAAAUUUGUAGCUAGUCCCGCGGCGACUAACGGAAGACAUUGUUGAUAAGCGAAGAGAAAAGGCGCAACGAGAGAGAAAAAAGUAGUAAAACUCUAUAAUAAGUUACUUACCGCGCGCACGUCCAAGUGUGUCGUCCACUUUAAGAGAGUACGUAGAUAAAAAGAAAAGAAACAAAAAAAACAUAAGAUAUGAUUGCGAGAAGAGGGUCCAAGAGAUAAUAAGGCUUACCGCGUGCCACGUCCGGAUUUCUUUUUUGUCCGCUGAAAGGAGGAAAGAAAACUGGCUCGCAACACAUAUACACAUAUACAUACACGCAUAUACAUUUUAUCCACGAGCUGGCACGCAUCUCUCGCGCGCGAUUCGUGCGUUGCUCGUCGCAACCUGAGAAAGGGCGUGUAAAAAAAGCGAGUUACCUUCCUAUGUAGAGACCUACGAGAGAGACCGUAGUACUUUGUGAUUAUAAAAUUUUUAUUACUUCUUCGUUCUUUUUUUUUCCUUCGUUGAUGAUAGCAGACAUGGUCGGUUGACAAAAGAAAUGAGACGAUGAGCAGCCUAAAAAAAAAAAAAAAAAAUAUUGAAGAAGACCGACCGCGCAA